AAGGUCCUGUCCCUCUUCCGCAAGCUCUACCGCGCCGCCCGGUCGCUCCCGACGUCCAACCGCGUCGGGUUCGUCCGCGCGAAAGUCCGCGCGGAGUACGAGACCCACCGCGGCGAGUCCGACGCCGCGCGGAUCGCCGCGCUGCGCCUCUACGGCGAGACGCAGCUCGACAACGUCCUCGCGCAGGCGUCGCACCUGACGUCCGUC